GGGGGCUAAGCUCUGCCAUCUGCUGUGCUCCAUACCUUGCAUCUUCACCCUCCUUUUUAAAGAAAGAUUAACUGCGAGAGAGAACUUAUGCCUCCUUUUUACAGUAGAGAUAGAAAGAGAGAGAAGCAGGAAGAGCUGGAGAAGGGAGGGAAGUCUAGAGAGGCACAUGGAGUUGCGGGCAAGGAGAAAUGAGAGCCUCAUAGAACGCCUUGAAAGCAGAAUGCAAAAGUCGCAUGUAGAGAUAGCUCCUUAAGGGAUUAUUAUGGGCGAGAGCUCCUAAAAGAGAGAAUUUGAGAGAGAGAAUAGAGUUCUGGAGAGCCGAAGAGCUGGGAAAGAGAGGAUUUUUGGGUUCUAUAAGAAGCGAACGCUGCAAGCUGAUGGGACUAUAAGCGCCUCUUUGCAUUUCUUCUCGAGAGCGACAUUUGGGCGUCUGAACCGCAAUGCUUUACCUUUAUUGCUUUUCGUCUUAGCUAGCAAUGGAGGGGGAGAGGGCUGCGUUGGGUAUUGUUUUUGCUUUGCUUCUCGCUGAGGGAUUAUGCUUCGCCGGCGGCGGGAAAACGGUUGUGAACGACGGUUCAACACUACUUGAAAUCAAAAAGUCUUUCAGCAAUGUUGAUGAUAUUCUGUACGAUUGGACAAACGCAGCGUCCUCAGACUAUUGCUCUUGGAGAGGGAUCACUUGUGACAGCAUAAAUUCUGAAGUCAUUUCACUCAAUCUGUCUUGUUUAAAUCUUGAUGGAGAGAUCUCGUCCGCGUUUGGGAAUCUCAAAAGCCUCGUCUCAAUUGACCUAAAAUCCAACCGGCUUUCUGGCCAAAUACCAGAUGAGAUUGGUGAUUGCUCUUCAUUGAAGAUACUGGAUUUAUCAUUUAAUAACAUCCAUGGAGAUAUACCAUUUUCCAUAUCAAAGUUAAAGAAGUUGGAGAACCUGGUUUUGAAGAGCAACCAAUUAACAGGACCCAUCCCCUCAACUCUAUCUCAAAUUCCCAAUUUAAAAAUUCUGGAUCUGGCUCAGAACAAUUUGAGUGGAGAAAUACCUAGGCUUAUUUACUGGAAUGAAGUAUUGCAGUACCUUGGGUUGAGAGGUAAUAAUCUGGAAGGAAGCCUUUCGUCUGAUAUGUGCCAGUUGACUGGGCUGUGGUACUUUGAUGUAAAGAACAAUAGCCUAACUGGAAGCAUACCUCAAAGUAUCGGUAAUUGUACGAGUUUUCAAGUUUUGGAUUUGUCAUACAAUAAGUUCACUGGAGAAAUUCCCUUCAAUAUUGGGUUUUUACAAGUUGCUACUUUAUCUUUGCAAAAUAACAAGUUUACGGGACCCAUUCCUUCUGUCAUUGGGCUGAUGCAAGCUCUUGCAGUUCUAGAUCUGAGUUGUAAUCUACUGAGCGGACCAAUUCCUCCGAUAUUGGGCAACUUGACAUACACAGAGAAGCUAUAUUUGCAAGGAAAUAAACUAACUGGAACUAUUCCACCAGAGCUCGGUAACAUGACAAGGCUACAUUACUUGGAGUUAAAUGAAAACCAGCUUACGGGGCAUAUUCCAGCUGAACUUGGGAAACUAACAGACUUGUUCGACCUGAACAUUGCAAAUAAUUAUCUCGAAGGGCCAAUUCCUGAUAACUUGAGCUCCUGUGUGAACCUGAAUAGCUUGAAUGCACGAGGUAACAAGUUAAAUGGUACCAUCCCGCGCUCAUUUAAGAAUCUUGAAAGCAUGACAUACUUAAAUCUAUCAGCAAACAAUCUGAAGGGUCCGAUACCUAUAGAACUGUCGAGAAUUGGGAAUUUGGAUACACUUGACAUAUCAUCUAACCAGGUCAGUGGCCCAAUUCCUUCAUCCAUGGGAGAUCUGGAACACCUUCUUAAACUAAACUUGAGCAACAAUAUUCUUUUUGGCUACAUACCUCCUGAGUUUGGAAACUUGAGGAGCAUAAUGGAGAUUGAUUUAUCAAGCAAUCAUCUCUCCGGUUUGAUUCCGCAGGAAUUUGGACUGCUCCAAAAUCUCAUGUUAUUGAAAAUAGAAAACAACAAUUUAACUGGUGAUAUAAUGUUCCUAACCAACUGCCUCAGCCUCUCUGUUCUAAAUGUUUCCCGCAACAAUUUGGUUGGAGAUAUCCCAACUUCCAAUAACUUUUCGCGAUUCUCGCAGCAAAGUUUUUUUGGUAACCCUGGUCUAUGUGGUCAUUGGAUUGGUUCUCAAUGUCAUUCAUCCCAAUCACCAGAGAAAACGACGAUUUCCAAAGCUGCUAUUUUGGGAAUUGCCUUGGGUGGUCUUGUCAUUCUUCUUAUGAUUUUAUUUGUGGCCUGCAAACCGCACAAUCCACCGUCAUUUUCCGAAAGUCCCAUGCAUAAACCAGUUUCUAAUGUUUCGCCGAAACUCGUGAUUCUCCACAUGAACAUGGCUCUCCACCUUUACGAUGAUGUCAUGAGAAUGACUGAGAACUUGAGCGAGAAAUAUAUCAUCGGAUACGGAGCAUCGAGCACAGUUUAUAAGUGUGUGCUUAAAAAUUGCAGGCCGGUAGCCAUCAAGAGACUCUACUCGCACUACCCUCAAAGCAUUAAGGAAUUUGAGACGGAGCUCGAGACGAUUGGAAGCAUCAAACAUCGAAACUUAGUGAGCCUCCAAGGAUAUUCCCUAUCGCCUUUCGGUAACCUCCUCUUUUACGACUAUAUGGAGAAUGGAAGCCUCUGGGAUCUUCUCCAUGGUCCGUUGAAUAAGAAAAAGCUCGACUGGGAAACUCGGUUACGAAUAGCCUUUGGUGCAGCACAAGGGCUGGCUUAUCUUCACCACGACUGCAGUCCACGGAUCAUUCAUAGAGAUGUGAAAUCUUCAAACAUUCUUCUAGACAAAGAUUUUGAGGCUCAUCUCACUGAUUUUGGCAUAGCGAAGAGCUUGUGUGUGAACAAGGCCCACACGUCGACUUAUGUGAUGGGUACAAUCGGUUAUAUCGAUCCCGAGUAUGCGAGAACUUCUCGUCUGAACGAGAAAUCUGAUGUUUAUAGUUAUGGAAUUGUGCUGCUUGAGCUCCUCACUGGGAAGAAGGCAGUUGACAAUGAAUGCAACCUACACCAGCUGAUACUGGCGAAGGCCACAAAUAAUGCAGUAAUGGAGACCGUGGAACCCCACAUCACCGCCACAUGCAGUGAUCCCGGUGCUAUAAAAAAAGUGUUCCAGUUAGCUCUCCUCUGCACCAAGAAGCAGCCCUCCGACCGACCGACCAUGCAUGAGGUGGCUCGUGUACUUAGCUGCUUCGUGGCUCCGAACCCACCUGGAGCAGCAAAGCAGCCACCUUUGCAGUCCUCACUGCCUUCAACGUUGCCAAGCUACAUCAAUGAGUAUGCUUCCCUCAAGAACAAUGCUGCUCUGACCUAUUGUACCUCACAAAGCUCCUCUGACGCCCAGCUCUUCCUCAAGUUUGGCGAGGUGAUUUCUCACACCGAGUAAAAGCUUUUACCUACUCUCCUUCUGUGAAGAAAAUGAUUGUAAAAUCAAUGGCUAUGAACUGUUUUGUCUUGCUCCUGCAAUUCUAGUUUAGAGAGGGCAGUGCUUGUUAGUAUUUCUGUAGGUAUUAUAAAUUAAAAUUACUGUUAGUUGUAAGCUUCAAGUGCAUGCUAAUGAAGCUUAGUCUGGUCUGAAUCAAUCUAAUGAUAUAUGCAUGUAUGCAUUUAUAUUUUAAUUUAUGCAUAUAUGUAUUAAAAUU